UAUCUGCUUUCUGCUUCUUUGUCCAUCUGCGGGGUUUUGCUUCUUCUCUAGCGGGAUUUCUGCUUCUUUCUCUUUCCAUCAUUGCGAUUUAUCUUUCUAUCAUUGCGAUUUAGUUCUCAUUCUGGUUGGGAAUUAACCCAUGUGAUGAGACAGAGGUUACCCUUGAUUAUACAGGUGUCGAUUAUAGGGUUUCUCUCUUUCUAUCUUUGCGAUUUAGUUCUCAUUCAGGUGUCAGCUUAAGGAUUAACCAGCAGCAUGUGUUGCCUAUCGUGCUGGCCUACAAUUAGUGGUUCAAUGGUUGCGGGAGGAUUACCCGGGUGAGAUUUCUUCUCCCUUUUUUUUUUUGUAGGUUAAGCUUCUGUAGUGUUUUGAGGUCGCCUAUAAAUUGUGGUCGGCAUGGGAGUUUUUCUUCAUCGCAUCUAUUUGUAUCUCCUUCUUUGGUUCAAUUAUACUCUUGAGUUUCUAAUCAUGGCUUCUUUCCUGUUGUCUACUCUUCCUGAUGAUCCACGAGAUUGUGUUCUACAACUUUGGCUUUUGCAUGCGUGGAAGUCUGGGGAUCCUACCAUUCCUGAUCAGUUCUUUGCGUUCUCAACUCUCUGGGUUGAUGCCUCGGGUAAUUUUAUUGAGGGGAUUUCACAUCGUUUGUUUGCAGAAGCCUUGAGUGGCUGUCUCAACAUUGGCUCUGUGUAUGUGAUUCUAGAGUUUGCAAUGUGUGAUCCUCAGGCUUCUUUUCGGGCAUGCAACUUCCAUCGGUAUUUGGUGAUCACUCCGGCAACAAAACUUGAGGAUGUAACCGCAAGUUCAAUUGGUUUCACUACCAAAUCAUUUCAGUUCACUGAAUUUAACUCCCUCCCUGCUGGAUCUUAUUGUUGUCCUUAUCUCACAGAUGUAGUUGGACGGUUGGUUUCGAUUAGUCAACCUGAAUAUGUAGAGGCCAAAGGAGGUAUUACUACUAUUCAGAAAGUUACCAUCAAAGAUCAUAUCGGGACUUCUCUAUGUAUUUGGAUGUGGGGAUCAUUUUCAUUAAUACUUGAUGCACGGACCUUGGUUGACCGCGAUCCUAAUGACUCUGUUGUGUUGGCGUUUGGUGGUCUCAUUAUGACUCAACUCCGUGGAGUGGUUAACAGAUCUAGCACUUCUGGCACACGUGUAGUUGUCAAUCUACUUAUUCAUGAGGCUGAUGCUCUAAAACUACGGUAAUGC